AUUUAAAUGCAAUUCUGGAGAAUGCUAUGAUUUGAAAGCCAAAGACAACGGAUGCGCCCUGACCAUUGAAGCUGAGGGAAAACAUAUUGCAUUAUCGGUCGAUUUAGUGCCAGCAUUUGAGUUUACUUUUGAUAAGUGGCCGUUGGACAUGCCACCAAUUUUUGCUGAAGUGAACUCCAAAUGGUACGCUGUACCGCACUCCAAAUGGUACGCUGUACCGCACUCCAAGCGGGGAUCCAGCGGGGACGAGCGCACUUUUAUGGUGUGUUCCCCGCACUGGGAACGUGAAGCAACAAAGGAUUUGAAAAAUUUCGACAAUGUGUUACGCCUAAUGAAGGGAGUGAGGGACGCUAACGUGCAUGAUUUGCCCCAUCUAUCAAGUUACAUGUUGAAAACUGUCUUGCUCCAUCAACUGGGACGCGUUGAUUGGAAAAAAGAUUUGGGCACUCUUUUUCUAGAGAUGUGGUCCUGUUUGGUAGAUCACCUUAAUUCUGGAAACUUGGACUUCUUUUUGUGCAAGGGAAAUAACAUUUUUGAUGAUAUGCCAUAUGGGGCAUUACUGGAUUGUCGCAUUUCAGCUGAACGCCUACUGGCUGACUUCAAAAAAGCUGAGAAUAAUUCUCUAGAAUCUCUAUGUCUAGACCCUAUGUUUAACGUUUAAAUAAGAGCCAUCUAUUAUAUGCACUUAACGUUUUGUAUUGGAAAACUGUAAAACGAAAAUUACAUUUUUUAUUUCUUUCAAAUAAAUUCAUAUCUUUACUCACCGAAAGUCAUUGGGUUCAUAAU